UGUAUUCAGUUGUUUAUCAAAUUUCUUCGUCUUCAGUAGAAGUUUAGAGCACUUUUAAAUUUAAAAUCUUUCAGAAAUCUAUCCUAUACUCAGUAGUUCUAUCAGAAAAUUAUGUCCUCCUACCAUCUGAGCACUAAGGAGCGCCUGCUGGCUAUCGUUGACGACAUCGAAAUCAUUUCAAAGGAGCUGAUUGAGAAUACGAUAGCACCGAAACAUCAAAAGAUAUCCAGUGCUGACCAUUCGCAGCUGGUGGAGUUACUGGUAUCGAAGGAUAGAGAAAUGAAAUCAACUCUUCAGCUGGCGGCUGAGCAAGCCGGCAUCGAAAAAAAGAUGGACAAUCUUCGACAGCAAGUUAAGAAACAGGACGAGGAGAUCAAUCACCUGCAAAAGCAGCUCAAGGAAGCAGAACACAUCCUUGCGACGUCAAUAUUUCAAGCACGCCAAAAAUUAGCCAGUAUAGCUAAGGCUACUAAACGACCUGUGUCUUCGGAGGAAUUGAUUAAAUUUGCUCACCGGAUCAGCGCAUCAAAUGCGAUUUGCGCACCGCUAACAUGGCAGCAGGGAGAUCUCCGGCGACCUUAUCCGACUGAUAUCGAGAUGCGGUUGGGCUUUCUCGGUAAGUCCGACCUGAACAUUAAUGGGCAUAAUCUGCAGCAUCAGAACAGCCUAAACGAGAUGCAUCGAAAUACGACUACUAGCUCUGCCGGGUCGGUAGGGGGUGCCGCUUCAGCAGCUCCAGCCGCCAGCGAGAUACCAGCCUCGGCUCAGAAUCAGUUCGCUUGGCAUCCGUCCGGCGAGCUGCACAUGUCGAUGGGUUCCGGGGCCGGAUCGGUCUCGCUGGAUACUCGUGCCCACAAGGAUGCCUCGCAGGAUGACGUCGAAGUGAUGUCGACCGACAGUUCCAGCUCAAGCUCGAGCGAUUCGCAGUAAGGUGAAGUAUUGGUAAGGUUGGUGAAUAAAUACGGUUAUAUCGAAAACGGGGUUAAUCUUUGCGAGAGAAAGCCAGGUGUAGUGGGUAAGGAAUAUGGAGAAAGGGUUUCUUUGAUU